UCUGUGUCAGAGAGCUGUUCACAAGUCUUAACAGCUUCCUUGCUCUCCCUCAGCCGCUCGCUUCUCUUUCCCCCAACCAGAUAUGGCAGAUGUGGUGGUAGCCCAAGCAGUGAACCAACCCGACCCGUCCCAGCCGCAGAACGAUGUCAAGCUCUUCAACCGCUGGAGCUUCGAGGAAGUUCAGGUAAGUGACAUUUCUUUGAGUGACUAUAUUGGAGUCCAACCAGCCAAGCAUGCAACGUAUGUCCCUCACACAGCUGGGAGAUACUCUGUCAAGCGCUUCAGGAAAGCUCAGUGCCCGAUCGUAGAGAGGCUUACGAACUCAUUGAUGAUGCACGGGAGAAAUAAUGGGAAGAAACUCAUGGCCGUUAGAAUUGUGAGGCAUGCAAUGGAGAUCAUUAAUCUAUUGACUGAUUUGAACCCUAUUCAAGUUAUUGUUGAUGCUGUAGUCAACAGUGGGCCUCGUGAAGAUGCUACUCGAAUUGGAUCUGCUGGUGUUGUCAGGCGUCAGGCUGUUGAUAUUUCUCCUCUGCGUCGUGUAAACCAGGCCAUCUAUCUACUGACAACUGGUGCUCGCGAAUCUGCAUUUAGAAACAUCAAGACUAUUGCUGAAUGCCUGGCUGAUGAGCUUAUCAAUGCGGCAAAGGGUUCUUCAAACAGUUAUGCCAUCAAGAAGAAGGACGAGAUUGAGAGGGUUGCCAAGGCCAAUCGUUGAGAAAUCCCUCUACGAGAUCAUUUCACAAGAGAUUUUUGUUGCUAUCAUCCAGUGUUGUUAGUUUGGUCAUUUCUUUUACCUUGAACAUCAUUAAUGAUGGGUUGUUGUUUAUGCUGAAACUUUGGUUUGAACUUUGCUAGAAAAAUUUGCUCUUUUUAUUGAAGUAUGGUUUAUAAACUUCUCAAGAAUACCUCUCUUAUUUCAAUGGAUAACAAUUGUUGGAGUUUAUACUACUCCACGCCA